AUGGAUAGGUAUAAGUUGUGGUACUCAGAGAGUGAGAGUCAUCGAAAUAUAGUAGGAAUCUUUAUGGAUGAGGAUCUUAUAAGGCAGAUAAUAGAAGUUAUGAGGGUCAGUGAUAGACUGGUAAUUAUUAAGUUAGUUAUUAAGGGGUUUACGCUGCAUAUGUAUAGUGUUUAUGCAUCGUAUGUGGGCUUGGAUAAGGAUGUGAAAGCGAGAUUUUGGGAAGCUUUGGACAAGGUGGUGAGACGCGUGCCUAGAUCGGAUAAGAUUAUCAUAGUAGGGGACUUCAAUGGGCACAUUGGGGUUUUACCGGGAGGCUAUGAUGAUGUGCAUGGGGUUUUUGGUUUUGGAGAUAGAAAUGGUAAGGGAGCUACUUUGUUAGAUUUUGCGAGGGCCUUUAGGCCGGUGGUAGUGAACUCGAGCUUUCCAAAGAAGAAGGAUCAUCUGAUUAACUUUUGA